ACCACCUAGAAUGUCCCAAAUGGAACCUUACCGAUUUGAUUCGAGCGCACUGGAGAGAGCGGCAUCGGCUGCCAAGGAACUCGAGAGAUCUAGAACUACGUUAGCGUCCAAGCUUGUCGCUAUUCGAGUAAACUCCGGGUCGAAAUAGGAGGAAAGAGGAUGUACAACUUACCAAAGUUGCGAGGAGCUUCCUCGACCAGUUCCAAAUAUCAUUUAAUCGAAAUUAAGUUAAGUUACACUCGGGAACCUUUAAUAGCGACUCUUCGAUGCUAAAUGCGUUCUGUACCAUUUUUAAUAAUCUUUCGUCUAUCAAUAAUUCUUCGAGCUCCACGUAUUAUAUACAUGAUACACCGUAUAAAACAGAAAAAGAUUCUAACGAGAUUGUUCCUGGUCCUGCAGCACAUGCCAAAGAAGCGUUGGAACUUUCCAAACUACAGGAGACGACGAAACAACUGGAAAGACAAGCGGAGGUGAAAAAAUAUGAGGCGAGCAUAGAGCAAAUGAAGGGGGAACAGAAACGUAUAGAGGGUGAAGAGAGGAGAAAAAUUUUACAAGAGGAGACUAAGCAGCAUCAGAUGAGAGCUCAAUAUCAGGAUCAACUUGCGAGGAAGAGAUACGACGAUCAGUUGAUACAGCAACAGAGAAUGAACGACGAGAACUUGAGGAGGCAGGAGGAGUCGGUAGCUAAACAGGAAGCAAUGAGGAAGGCUACAAUAGAACACGAAAUGGAAUUGAGACAUAAGAACGAGAUGAAGAAAUUGGAAGCUGAAGUUAAAGCGAAAGCGAAAAUAGACAGGGAGAAUCAGGAUUUGAACAUAGAACAGAUCCGAGUGAAAGCUUCCGAGAAGCGGGCCACCGUGUUGGAAUCGAUUAAAACGGCUGGCGCGGUGCUGGGUACCGGUGUCACAGCUUUCCUUCAAGACUGGGACAAAAUCAUAGCCGCUGCCGGCGGACUGUCGAUGAUAGCUUUCGGUGUAUACACAGCGAAAGGUACAACGGGUGUUGCGGCACGCUAUAUAGAAUCUCGAUUAGGUAAACCGUCUCUAGUACGUGAAACGUCUAGAUUCACGGUGUUGGACACCGUAAAACAUCCUAUCCAAGCUGUUAACAAACUAAAAUCUAAGCAAACCGAUGCCUUAUCCGGCGUCGUUUUGGCACCAAAGCUAGAAGAAAGACUGCGCGAUAUAGCGAUAGCUACGAAAAACACGAAGCACAAUCGUGGAAUGUACAGGAAUAUAUUGAUGCACGGUCCACCUGGAACCGGUAAAACGAUGUUCGCGAAGAAGUUGGCGGAACACUCGGGUAUGGACUACGCGAUAGUCACCGGCGGUGAUCUCGCGCCGUUGGGACGAGACGGUGUCACCGCUAUUCACAAGAUAUUCGAUUGGGCGUCGACGUCUAGAAAGGGACUUUUGCUCUUUAUCGACGAGGCGGACGCGUUUCUGAGGAAACGGUCCAGCGAGCAUAUCUCGGAAGACCUGAGAGCUAUGUUGAACGCGUUCCUCUACAGAACCGGUGAGCAGAGCAACAAGUUCAUGCUGGUUCUCGCCUCGAACACGCCGGAACAAUUCGAUUGGGCCGUCAACGACAGAUUAGAUGAGAUGGUGGAGUUCCGCUUGCCAGGUCGCGAUGAACGCGAGCGUUUAGUUCGACUGUACUUUGACAAGUUCGUUCUUCAACCGGCGAUCGAAGGCAACAAGAGAUUGAAGGUCGCGCAGUUCGAUUACAGCGCGCUUUGUAGUAAAAUAGCCGAAUUGACCGAGGGUAUGUCUGGGAGAGAAUUAGCGAAAUUGGGAGUCGCUUGGCAAGCAGCGGCAUACGCUUCCGAGGACGGAAUAUUGACCGAACAGAUGAUCAUGGAUAAGUGCAUAGAAGCAGUGAAACAACAUAAGCAAAAGGUUCAAUGGCAGAGCGAGCAAGAGAAACAGGAAUCGAAAUCGAUUUACGCCACUGAAAAGGAGACAGAAGCUCAGCUUGUCAAACCUAAGAUGCCUGCGAUUGAACCACCGCCGAAAACAAUUUCCGUAGCAACGGCAUAAUUUGUAACAAUUAACAUUGUCGCGUAUAAGGGAUACGUUAUUAAAAGAAAUUAUGAAUUAGUAAUUAACUGAGAACGAAACCAGUGUAAAUGAUAUCGAUAAAAGCAGACGAGUCGAAGAUCAGUCUGUAUUCUCGUUUUCUGUGCAGAAUGUGCAUGUAUAAAUAUUGUAAGGUAGUAGCAGUACGUUCCUUAGAGUAUUAUAAAUUUGCAACUUGAAUUGGUCACAGGCGUAAACGAGAACCGCGUGUAUCAGCAGCGAGAUGAAAGAACAUCUUAGUAUAGAUUUUUAAAAAAUUAAAUAUUUUGCAAACCGCAUCGCGUUCAAAUUUUUUUCUCAACACGAGAAAGGAUCAUUAUUUGUAUACCAAAAAGUCCCUCUUUGUACAUUAAAUUCAUUUGUCGUCGUGCACGACAAGAUUCCUUUAUCAUUACGUCGCUUACAUGCAGUAAUUGUAAGUACUCAGGAAUCGCGAUUAUAAAUCGUCUCGAUAUACAUAUGUAAAAAGAAAGUUAUGGUAUGCUGCGUUACGUGAAUUAUGAAAUGUCACGUAACGCCGUAUCCAUUUAUUCCUUGCCCCCAAGUUACCUUUCUGUACUCACUAACCAAUAAUAAAUGUUUAUUGUCUUUUUA